UGAAAGAAAGCGGAUGUGCGCGCGGCCGGACCUCCUCCCAGCAGCAGCCACACUCAGAGGCUCCGAGUUCGGGCGAAAGCGAUUUUUUAAGGCGUACGCACGGUUUCGUUAAUCUUUUCGAGACACAACCGAAGCCCGGAUAGCAUCCCGCGGGCGUCGAUCCAACAACGAGGCGGGAUUCGAACACAGCAUCUGUCCUGGCGCCGUUCCGCGGACCCGUAAGGAGUGUUGAGGUGUCCCUGAGUGAGACGCCUCACCCUGACUGCUCCCGACGGACUGGCUGUCGUCCUGCGAGGCUGAAACCGCCGUCAGUGUGUGUAAAUCGCUUUGGAUAAAAGGGUGCGUCCCCUUGACUUGUAUGUGAGGCCUCAGUCCUGAGACAAGGGGUCCUAGUCGAGGAGGAAGGAGCGACUCGGAGUGGAAUAGCCGACCACAGCUCUGUGGAUGUAUAUUUUUUCGUAUUUUUGAGCCCAGACGCCUGCAUCUACGACCUCAACCAUACGGGUUCCUACCUGCACCGGACGACCAUGGAGGCCAUCGCCAAAUAUGAUUUCAAAGCAACCGCGGAUGACGAGCUCAGCUUUAAACGAGGGGAGGUGCUCAAGGUGUUAAACGAGGAGUGCGACCAGAACUGGUACAAGGCCGAGCUCAACGGCAAAGACGGCUUCAUCCCCAAGAACUACAUCGAGAUGAAACCCCAUCUGUGGUUCUUCGGUAAGAUCCCGCGGGCAAAGGCCGAGGAGAUGCUGAACAAGCAGCGGCAUGACGGAGCCUUCCUGAUUCGGGAGAGCGAGAGCGCACCGGGAGACUUCUCCCUCUCUGUCAAGUUCGGUAACGACGUGCAGCACUUCAAGGUGCUCCGUGACGGCGCGGGGAAGUACUUCCUGUGGGUGGUGAAGUUCAACAGCCUGAACGAGCUGGUGGACUACCACCGCACCACCUCGGUGUCCCGCAACCAGCAGAUCUUCCUGCGCGACAUCGAGCAGGUGGCCCAGCAUCCCACGUACGUGCAGGCGCUGUUCGACUUCGACCCCCAGGAGGAAGGCGAGCUCGGGUUCCGGCGCGGCGAGUACAUCCAGGUCCUCGACAACUCGGACCCCAACUGGUGGAAGGGCGGCUGCCACGGCCAGACCGGCAUGUUCCCCCGCAACUACGUCACGCCCGUCAACAGGAACAUGUAGAGGCCGGCUCUGCCUCCGCCUCCUCCACCGCCGCCGCCAUCGACACCACCACCACCACCACCAUCAUAGUCCCUCCAGAACUGACCCCCGCCCCCCCUGAUCAGAGAAGACCCCUGGCCUGGGAGCAGAGAGAGGGGGGAGAGAGGGGUACCUCUCAGACUGCUGAGGACAUCCUGUCGCAGCUCCAACGCCAUUGGUCUGGUGGGGGGGGGGGGGGGGGGGGGGGGGGAGCGGCCACAACCAAAACAGGAAAAGCUCCGCGCUGCCGACUGAAGAGGAUUGAUUGGAUGUCCUGACUCCGCCCCCCCGGCUCCAGGCCCCUCCCCGUUCACAUGCCCCUCCCACAUCCCUCUGCUUUAUAUUUUCUUGCCGUGCCUCGCCGCAUGCCCCUCCUCCGGUCGCCCACGACGACGACUCAACGCAUCAACCUAACUACGUUUUAAAGAAGAAAAUGAAAUUACAGUAAAAAUGUAAAAAGAAAAAAAAGAUUAGAUGGCACAACAAAAAAAGGCUGAAGGUGGAGACCGAGCGUCCAUCUUGUUCUCAGCGGCCAUCUUGUGCUCGGCGGCCAUCUUGUGCGCGGCACCGUGCUCCUCAGUGUUGUACCAGCUUCAGGCUGUAUAAAUAAAUCAAGUAUAGAGAGAAUCCAUUUUUUAAGAAUAUAUAUUAUAUAUUUGUAUGUGUUUGUCCGUUUUACCUCUCAUCACACCUUUUUCUUUUUAAUUUGUAAAUUAUGUUUGAUUUCAUGUUUAUUCCUGAGAAAGACCCCCUUGUAGCGCUAGGAAUACUGAGACGUCAGUGUGUUAUUGUUAUCCUUACCCCCGCCCCCCCCCCCCCGGCUCAUUAAAGCUUGUCUGCUGAACACGAGCGUCUGAACCAUGUUGUCAAACGAUGAAUAAAGCUCUCCUCCUCCUUCCUGUCCAUGAUGUGAUCGGAUAAGAGCCUGAAAGAGCUCCUCUAUCCACUGAGAGGGCUUGAACCAGGGCCUCUAACGAGGCUCUUAACUAGGCUCGAACCGGGGCCUCUUAACGAGGCUUGAAUAAGGGCCUCUAAGGAGCCUUCUCGUGGGUCCUUAACAAGGCCCCUAAAGAGGCUCUAAUCAAGUCCCUAAAUUAGGCUCUUAAAGAGGCCCCUAACGAGGCUCUUAAGUUCCCAGCAAGUCAGAGCUCGCGUCUCCGCACUCUUCUAGAGCUCUGAGUGUGCCCCCACCACUGUGCAUCAAGGCGGGUUGGUCGACUCCCUGGGCGGUGAAUGUAGCCUAACGAGUCCGUAAACAUCAGGGGGGUCAGCCAUGUCUUGGCAUGCCCCCCCCUCCCCUGGCAAGCCCCCCCCCCUCCCUCGGCAUGCCCCCUCUCCCCGUGUUAAAAUCUAUGUCAAUAUUCCAGAGGGAGAGAGAACCUCUAGAGGCAGUCGUCAUGCCAACGCCAUGCACAUGCGCGUGUACUCGUUCAUCCUCUUCCUGUGGUCGCCGAGGGCAACAGAGACGGCAUGGGGGGGGGUCACCUAUGAAGCCACGCCCACACGCCCCUGCAACUCAAAUGAUAACAAAAGAGAUUGUCUUUUAUGCUUCAAAAUGAAUUUAACAAAGUUGUGUGAGGCGACGUGAAUAAUGUAAAAGAAAAAUAAUGGGAAAAAAGAUAAGAACGUGUGUCUGUCGGCGUGUGUGCAGCACUUUCUCUGUUGAGCGUUCUGGUCUCACGUCCGGUCCGUGUGUGUUUGUGUUUUUGUGCUUUUACGUUGUCGUUCUCUCUGAGUGCCUUUUUCUCUCUGGUCGGUCAGUGUUUCUGACCUCUGACCUACCCCCCAACGCGUCCAGGGCGACAAACUAUGUACAGAAUAAUUCAAGAUGUAUGAUCGACCCCCCCCCCCCCCCCCCCCCGCCCACGACCCCG